CAACCGUUGCUCCUCGCGAGACUAUCAUCCAGUCCUCUGCCUGAAUCCAGCUGGUAGCCUGCCUGCCGUUGACGGUUCUGUUGCAGUUGAGGUGAGAGCCGCCGGUCAUCAUGGGGAACAUCUUUGGUAACCUGUUGAAGAGCCUGAUAGGCAAGAAGGAGAUGAGGAUUCUCAUGGUGGGGCUGGACGCUGCUGGGAAAACCACCAUCCUCUACAAGCUGAAGCUGGGGGAGAUCGUUACCACCAUCCCCACAAUUGGUUUCAAUGUUGAGACGGUGGAGUACAAGAACAUCAGCUUCACCGUGUGGGACGUGGGUGGCCAGGACAAGAUCCGUCCCCUGUGGAGGCACUACUUCCAGAACACUCAGGGUUUGAUCUUUGUGGUAGACAGCAAUGACCGUGAGCGUGUGAACGAAGCUCGGGAGGAACUGAUGAGGAUGCUGGCUGAGGAUGAGCUUCGGGAUGCUGUUCUGCUCGUCUUUGCCAACAAACAGGACCUGCCCAAUGCCAUGAAUGCCGCAGAGAUCACAGACAAGCUGGGCCUUCACUCGCUACGCCACCGCAACUGGUACAUUCAGGCUACCUGCGCCACCAGUGGAGACGGUCUCUACGAGGGCCUGGACUGGCUGGCCAAUCAGCUGAAGAACAAAAAGUGAGGAGUCCAGUCGGUAGAGUGGGGAAGAGCCUGGGUGCCAGCUCCAGGUAGUGGUUAUAGAGGAUCCAUUGUGUUUACAUGGAGAGGCAGUGCUGAAAAGCUCCCAGGGGGUGACUCUCAAUGGCUUUCCCCCAAAAAUACUCGUUUCAUUUCUUUAUUUUGAUUAAUUUCAUUUGUUUUGAUCUGCGGUGAGCGUUUUUAAAUAUUUACAAACCAACGGUGUUGACCUAAACGACUUACAUUCUACACACUGAAUACAUAAAUAUUGGGAUGUAAUAGUAUAAUGUUACUGUAAAGGCAUAUGUAUUUCCCCUACUUUGCAGUCUCUUUGCCCUCCAUCACCUUUUAAUUUGUUCAGAAAGCGUGACGAUGUAGAGCAACCUUCCCUCAGAUACUUUAAACUUAAUGUAAAUUAUAAAGAAUGUCAUAAUAGUAUAGUGAGACUACUACUACUGUCUCAGAUACUAUCACAUUGUUUAAAAACAGUAUACUCAUACAGGCUCAGAUAAAUGUAAAGUUGUCAUUUUUCCGUCCAUACUUGUGUUUUACCACCAAAUUAUGCGCUUCAGAGCUCAAUUUUUGCUUCAGUUAUCUUAGAUUUUAAGUUUAUUUAUCCUUGAUUUGAAUUUUAUUUAUUUUAUUAGACACACUGGAAAGUCUUAAACAGUUUCUAUUUUUGUCGACAUGUAGUUAUUUAUUUAUUUAUUUAUUCGUAAGUUUGCUUUAUUUCCUAAGUGCAUCAUAUGGUUUCUCUCCCUUUAUUGCAAUGUGCAUUUACUGCUAAGGCAGCUGGUGAAAAAAAAAAGAAGCCCUAGUAUCACUGUAUAUUACCGCUUCCCAAUCUGCAUGGAGAUAUCCCAGUACUGGCUCGUGGGCUUGUAAGAGCUGUGAACUACCGCAGGCCGCUGCUGUAAAUAAAGAUUUGUUCUUAGUCGACUUGCCUGGCUCAAUAAGGGUUAAAACAAUUUGUCUGGCAUCAGCGAGGUGUGAUAGCUGAACUGAUACAGAUGACAGAACAGGAACACUGUACCAGCUCUGUGGCUUAGGGGGUGGGGAAAAAAUGCUGCUACUGGCCUGUGAAGAGUGAUGCAGCAGAGCAUGUGAUUGGCAAUAUCAGAGAGCUUACAUGGUUUUCGAAUGUUUAUUUUUUUAAGUCAGUUUGUGCAAGCAGCUGCACUAUAUCUGUCAAGAGAACUCACAUUGCUUGUCAUCCUGAUUUAUUCAUCCCUAAUUGGCGUGACAUUACAUGUGUUUCUUGUGUUAACCGUAUCUCACUGUAUUACGUUGCACAGAAUAACUCUAGAUGCAUUAUUGUUGUACAAAAUGUCUGUUUUUUUUCUUGUAUUUUUGAAUGGAGUAUUUAUUCAUUUUGGACCAAAAGGCAAGUGUUGAUUUUAGUGUCGUUUUUUUUUCUUUUCUUAAUUUGCUAACUAGAUCAGAUCGUUGUCUUUAUGAGUGUUUACACAAAUCACAUAAUUUGAAAAAAAUAGGAGCGAGGAUGAUAGUAAUACUGCAUCAUAAGGCAUGUUAAUAAUGUACAAGAUCUGUAAUAAAAGUGAAUUAUAAUAGCCUGUUUCCUCAGACUAUAUUUGUUAGUCUAAAUUACUGCUGCUGGUUGGAACAACGCUGUACUGAUAAAUGUUAUGGAUUUAGUGUAAAGUUUACCGAACAACCUUCUAAUAUGCAAAAGCAUGCUUUUCUAUGUCAGCGCAACUGUAUAUAUGUUUAUGUAACGAGAAAAGUAUACCAUGGUAUUCGCGGUCAAAUUGAAAAGUGUUGUUGAUACACCUGUAGAUAUUGGGGUCAGUGUGUUGGCAGAUAUGUAUAACUGACAGCAGCUUGUGUGUGUGUGACGUGUCCUCUAUUACGUUCAGUUUGGUGUGAAAAUUGUUUUUGUGGCCUUAUAUUGCCAGUGGUUAAUUUCUCUUUGAUAACAGGUUUGUAUGUAGGAAUGUCUGACAUUCAAGUAUCUCACCUAUGAUCUGUAACACUGAUGCACUCACAGUACUGUUGUGGCUAAACCAUCCUUCUUUCAAUGACUAUUGGCAGAUUUUAAACUUGAAACACUGUAGAAAAGAGAGACUGCAGAACAUUCCAAACGAUAAAGUUUAUUCAAAAAAAGGAGCAAACGGAAAAUGGAUUUAUUUAAUCAAAUGGAAUAUUAUCAAGGAGAGGAAAUAAAAACAACACAAACUGGUGCAGAAGUGUUGAAUGAUUUAAUGAUUCCUGGCACUACGUCGAUCAAUCAAUAAAAAGACCAAAACUCAAA